AUGCAGGCCAACGGGGCAGGAGGAGGAGGAGGCGGCGGCGGCGGCGGCGGCGGGGGCCCGGGACCGCAGACCCAGGAGCUCGCCUGCCUGGCGGCCCAGAACGGGGAGUCGUCGUCGUCGUCCCCGUCGCCGUCGCCGUCGUCGUCGUCCGCGGGGGACCUGGCCCACGCCAACGGGCUGCUGCCCGCCGCCCCGGCCGCCGCCGCCGCCGCCAACAAUAGCCCCAGCCUGAGCGUCAAUAACGGGGUCCCCGGCGGGGCCGCCGCCGCCGCCGCCGCCGCCGCCGCGGCCCUGGCCACCCCGGACCUGGGCAGCAGCCUCAAGAAGAAGAAGCGGCUGUCCCAGUCGGACGAGGACGUCAUCAGGCUCAUAGGACAGCACCUGAAUGGCUUAGGGCUCAACCAGACUGUUGAUCUCCUCAUGCAAGAGUCAGGAUGUCGUUUAGAACAUCCUUCUGCCACCAAAUUCCGAAAUCAUGUCAUGGAAGGAGACUGGGAUAAGGCAGAAAAUGACCUGAAUGAACUAAAGCCUUUAGUGCAUUCUCCUCAUGCUAUUGUGGUAAGAGGCGCACUUGAAAUCUCUCAAACGUUGUUGGGAAUAAUUGUGAGGAUGAAGUUUUUGCUGCUGCAGCAGAAGUACCUGGAAUACCUGGAGGAUGGCAAGGUCCUGGAGGCCCUUCAAGUUCUGCGCUGUGAAUUGACGCCACUGAAAUACAAUACGGAGCGCAUUCAUGUUCUCAGCGGGUAUCUGAUGUGUAGCCACGCGGAAGACCUACGUGCGAAAGCAGAAUGGGAAGGCAAAGGAACAGCUUCCCGAUCCAAACUGUUGGACAAACUUCAAACGUAUUUGCCACCAUCGGUGAUGCUUCCCCCACGGCGUUUACAGACCCUCCUGCGGCAGGCGGUAGAACUACAGAGGGAUCGGUGCCUAUAUCACAAUACCAAACUUGAUAAUAAUCUAGAUUCUGUGUCUCUGCUUAUAGAUCAUGUUUGUAGCAGGAGGCAGUUCCCAUGUUAUACGCAGCAGAUCCUUACGGAGCAUUGUAAUGAAGUGUGGUUCUGUAAAUUCUCUAACGAUGGCACUAAACUAGCAACAGGAUCAAAAGAUACAACAGUCAUCAUAUGGCAAGUUGAUCCGGACACACACCUGUUAAAACUGCUUAAAACGUUAGAAGGACAUGCUUAUGGCGUUUCUUACAUCGCGUGGAGUCCAGAUGACAACUACCUUGUUGCUUGUGGCCCAGAUGACUGCUCUGAGCUUUGGCUCUGGAAUGUACAAACGGGAGAGCUAAGGACAAAAAUGAGCCAGUCACAUGAAGACAGUUUAACAAGUGUGGCGUGGAAUCCAGAUGGGAAACGCUUUGUGACCGGCGGUCAGCGUGGGCAGUUCUAUCAGUGUGACUUAGAUGGUAAUCUCCUUGACUCCUGGGAAGGUGUGAGAGUGCAAUGCCUUUGGUGCUUGAGUGACGGGAAGACUGUUCUAGCAUCAGAUACACACCAGCGAAUUCGAGGAUAUAACUUCGAGGACCUUACAGAUAGGAACAUAGUACAAGAAGAUCAUCCCAUUAUGUCUUUUACUAUUUCAAAGAAUGGCCGAUUAGCUUUGUUAAAUGUAGCAACUCAGGGAGUUCAUUUAUGGGACUUGCAAGACAGAGUUUUAGUAAGAAAGUAUCAAGGUGUUACACAAGGGUUUUAUACAAUUCAUUCAUGUUUUGGAGGCCAUAAUGAAGACUUCAUCGCUAGUGGCAGUGAAGAUCACAAGGUUUACAUCUGGCACAAACGCAGCGAGCUGCCAAUCGCGGAGCUGACAGGGCACACACGCACAGUCAACUGUGUGAGCUGGAACCCACAGAUGCCAUCCAUGAUGGCCAGCGCCUCAGACGAUGGCACUGUUAGAAUAUGGGGACCAGCGCCGUUUCUAGACCACCAGGAUAUUGAAGAGGAAUGCAGUAGCAUGGAUAGUUGA